CCAUAAUUUCGCUCGCUGAUUUUACCUUCGAAUUAGGGGAUCUCGAUCACUGUACUCAAUGUUUUGAUUUCUAUUCUAUUCAUUCAGGAUCGUGGCUCUGCUUGAUGCUACUCUAUUUGAAUUUCGUCGUCGAUUCAUCAAAUGCUUCGCCCUCAAAGAUUGGUGUUUUUUUAAGCAUAUGAAUCAGUUGCUAUAGAGAAGUUCAAUUUGGUGUAGAUGGGGAAACCCUUAAUCUAUGAGAUUUGCGAAAAACCAGCAACGAGUUGUAUGAUUGCGAUAUGCAGUUUGAUUUGGUUCUAUAUUCAGAAAAAGGGGAUUGGGUAUUCACAUGUGGGGUUGAACUACGACACUGCAUUGGAGGGCCAUCAUUGGCGGAUAAUCACAUCUGCAUUCUCUCAUAUUAGCAUCCUUCAUCUUGUUUUCAAUAUGAGUGCACUCUGGAGUUUGGGGGUUAUAGAGCAGUUAGGGCAUUUAGGGCUUGGUGUCGAAUACUAUCUUCAUUACACGAUGUUGCUGGUUGUGCUCUCGGGGCUGCUAGUUCUCGGUAUAUACCACAUUUUGAUCAAUAAGUUCAAGAUUGAUUACUUCCGGAGAGUGACUGCUGUUGGAUACUCCUGUGUUGUUUUUGGGUGGAUGACUAUACUGUCGACAAAGCAGCCCUCUUCGAAGCUGGAGCUUUUCGGGUUCCUCUCCCUUCCUAUCAGUUUUGCACCUUUUGAGUCCCUCAUCUUCACGUCUAUAAUUGUGCCACAAGCAAGUUUUAUUGGUCAUUUAUCUGGGAUCAUUGUUGGGUACGCCAUUGCCUGGGGCGUGAUACAUGGGAUGACCAACUACUGGGCUGUAUCGAUGUUGGGAUGGAUUGUUCUUGUUUUCGUUUUUAGUUUGAAAAAGUCCGGUAAGUACAAUUUCAGCUUUCUCAAGAUUGAAUCCGUGGAAGAUUCUUCCUUACCAUCUGUGCGGUUUCUCUCUUCUGGAAAUGGUAGAACCCUGCAGAUGAGUGCCUCUGAUGGUGUUUUGAAUCUUGUGUAGCUUUAUAAAGAAAUAGGUUCUGAAUGUGCAACUAUAAGGAUGUCUCAGAAUAUUGGAUUAAGAAUAAGCUUUCUUUGGCAUGCUGUUUCUUGAUGUUGUAUCGAAAAGCAGCACUUAUUUCUUGGAUCUUAGCCGUCAUAUUCAUGUAUCAAGGUUUUCUCUCCUCUUGCUAGUAACAGAUAGGAUUUGAACUGGAUUAUUAUGUAGUAGUAUCAUAUUAGUGGUGACUAUUGGGAUGGGUAAAAAGAUAUUGAUUGAAUUUUAUGCUGUACAGAUAUCAAGCACAUAUUUUGCAUGUGAAGUACCUGUA